CCGAAAGUUUGAUAUGCAAUUGUUGCUACUAGCAACGCUAAACUGUACACGACUGUAUAAUUCGAAACAUGCUUUCUCAGUACACGAUUAAACGUGAAAACCUAAUAAUUUCUCUUAUUAUUUAGUUACCAUAUUAUUAAAUUAACAGUAACACGACAGUCGCUAUGAGCUUAAUCUUUGGCGGGAGCGAUAGCAACAAUAACACGAAUACAAUUAUUUUUGACUCUUCAAAAUGUGAAAGAAAACUCAAUGAAGAGUUUAAAGUGCUGCAGAGAAAGUUGAAAUCGAAAUGGAAAUUUGUCGAAAACAACGAUACGUUAACAGACGAAUCGUUAUCCACAGGCAAAGUAUUAGUACUUCCAGGACCGCGAAAUAAAUUCACAGAACUAGAAAUGAAUUCCAUUAGAACGUUUCUAAAUUCUGGUGGACACGUGUUAGUUAUGCUGGGUGAAGGAGGUGAAAAAAGGUCUAAUACAAAUGUAAAUUUCUUACUGGAGGAAUUUGGAAUAAUGGUGAACAAUGACAGUGUGAUACGCAUGAGUUACAGUCAAACAAUGCAUCCAAAGGAGUGUUUAAUUUCACAGGGGAUGUCAAAUAAAUCAAUAUUUUCUAAGAGUCAUAAUGAAUACAUAGACCUAGCUUUUUUAUACCCGUAUGGUGCAACUUUAAAUGUGGCACAACCAUCUAUCGUUGCAUUGUCUAGUGGAUCUGUUGCAGUUCCAACAAACAGACCCAUUUGUGCUUAUCACUACAGCGAAGCAAGUGGUAGUAAAUUACUUGUUUUAGGUUCAUCCAGAAUGUUAACUGAUACAUAUAUUGAAAAGGAAAAGAAUGAUUUAUUAAGGGAAAUGAUAUUUGAUUUUUUUGAAUCCAAAGAAAUUGUUGCCAAAGAAUCCCAAAUGGAUGAUGUAGAUUUCUGGGAGUACAAUUUUGUGCCAGAUAUAACACAACAAGCAGACAAUCCAAAGGUGUGUACUCAGGACAUGGACAUGAUGGAUAAUCCUCACGAAUAUACCAAGUUAUUUAAACAUCACUUGUAUUCUAUAAAUUUAAAUAUGGUGCCAGCUUGCAUAAAGGCAUAUGAAGUUUUGGGUGUGAAGCACGAACCUCUUACUUUAAUUCCACCGCAUUUCGAGGCACCAUUACCAUCCACACAAGCAUCGGUCUUUCCACCGAGUUUCCAAGAGCUACCCCCACCAGCUCUGGAAUUAUUCGAUUUGGACGAAGCCUUCAGUUCUGAUUUAUUAAAACUGUCGCAAUUAACAAAUAAAUACAUGGCAACUAGUGAUUUAUCGAAAAACAUGGAAUUGGAUCAUUAUAUCAGGGAAUUCGGAAGUAUUAUAAGAAUAAGUAACUCUGAUACUCAUACAGCUAAAGAAGUAUUAAAUUCCGUUUUUCAAAGCAUCUGCAGUUACAAAGCCAUGCAUGAGUAAAAGAGUUGUACAAU